AUGUCAAGACCAAGUUUGUUUGAUGAACCGUUUGCUGCGGACGAAGACCUAUUUUUUCAUAAAUUGUUCUCAGAAGACGAGUUUUCUCAAAAAAGAACACCCAAAACGACUUCUUCAUUCAAACAGUUCAAACAUACUGAUGUCCCCCCUCCUCCAAAUUUCUCGCAACUUCUCUUUUCGCAAGCCACUCAAAAGCCAACCUACGCUAGUCAAAGUAAAACCGUAGCUAAGGUUCAACCACAUGCAACAAAGCAAAGUCCUUCAGCAUCGUGGCGAGUAUUGUCUAGCAAUUUAAGAUCAACAGCAAGAGAACGUUCCCAAAUUCUCACUGGACAACGAGAUACAGUUGAUGAUGCAGUUUUCUCCCAGCAUUUAAGCCCAAUGAAAAGCUACAAUGUCAUUGAAGACGAAAUGGAGUUUGAAGAUGAACAAGAUCCGUUUGAUGAUAAUUACCAUUCAGCUACCAACCUUACUGAUUUUCAAACACCUAGUCAGAUGGUAUUAAACCCUGAACGAUUUAGGACAAUCUUUUCUGCUUUUCCUUACUUCAACUUUGUCCAAUCGAAAGUUCUGGAUGAUGUGCUAUAUACCGAUAAACCAGUAGUUGUGUGCUCACCAACGGGAUCAGGAAAAACUGUUGUCUUCGAAUUAGCUAUUAUCAGACUAAUGAUGAAUUUCCUUGAUCGAGGAAAAAAUUUCAAGAUUGUUUAUAUGGCACCAAUGAAAGCUCUAUGCAGUGAGCGAUAUGAAGACUGGUCGAAGAAAUUUGGAACGGUUGGAAUGAAAUGUAAAGAACUCACUGGAGACAGUGAAAUGGAUGAUUAUUUGGAACUACAAAGUGCUAAUAUUGUUAUGACUACUCCUGAAAAGUGGGACAGCAUGACAAGAAAAUGGAAAGACAACAGAUCUUUAGUUCAGGCUGUGAAGUUAUUUCUCAUUGAUGAGGUUCAUCUACUAAAUGAUGAAUCACGAGGCCCUACAAUGGAGGCUGUCAUAAGCAGAAUGAAAACAGUCAAAACUGCUGAAAGUAGAGCCAGUAAUCAAAAGGAAAUAUUUGGAGCCAAUAUGAGGUUCUUAGCCAUAUCUGCUACGAUUCCCAAUGCCGAGGAUAUAGGAAAAUGGCUUGAAACAGAGAAACAUCCAGCUGCGGCCUAUAGCAUGGACGAUAGUUACCGGCCUGUGAAACUGCAUAAAGUGGUUAUAGGCUACAGUUGCAGUGAAGGCACCUCAAACUUUAGAUUUGAUCUCUCUCUAAACUACAAAUUAAGCAGCAUAAUUCAGAAGUACUCGGAGAACAAACCAACACUAGUAUUUUGUUCCACGAGAAAAGGAACGCAGCAGGCGGCAAGCACUCUUAUAAAGGACCAUCGUUUUGUCAUGAAUUCAGAACAUCGUCAAAGGUUGCAACGCUGUGCCAAUUCCCUUCAUGACUCCAAGUUACGAGAACUUGUCAUGAGUGGUGUGGCUUACCAUCAUGCUGGAUUGGACUCAUCUGAUCGAAAAUCUGUUGAGGCCAUGUUCACAAAUGGAGAAUUGCCCGUUCUAUUCGCUACAAGUACUUUAGCAAUGGGGGUAAAUCUUCCAGCACAUUUAGUGAUCAUUAAAUCAACAAUGCAAUAUGUGAAGGGAGUGUUUGAAGAAUACGCCGAGUCACAGAUCUUGCAGAUGACUGGCAGAGCUGGACGACCUCAGUUUGAUGAUUCUGCCACAGCUGUGAUAAUGACCAAAGAGUGUAAUAAAAUAAAAUACCAAGCAAUAAUCGGGGGAACGCAGAAUAUCGAAAGCAGCUUACACAAGAACUUGAUAGAGCAUUUGAACGCCGAAAUUGUAUUAAAUACGAUCACAGAUGUUUCUAUCGCACUAGAAUGGUUGAAAUCAACAUUUCUCUAUAUCAGAAUACUGAAGAACCCCACUUACUAUGGUAUUCCUGAAGGCCUUGACAUGGAUGUCUUAGAAAAAAAACUACAAGAAAUGUGUGUCGAAAGUUUAAAUACGUUACGAGAUCAUGGGCUGGUUAAUAUGGAUGAAGGAUUUGAUCUCACACCAACAGACACCGGAAAACUCAUGGCUAGGUACUGCAUCGCAUUUGAGUCGAUUAAACUGUUUCUGGCAUUAGAAGGAGACGAGGAUUUAAAUGAUCUGGUUAACGUUGUCUGUCAAUGUAAAGAAUUUGUUGAUCUGAAGCUGAGAACUAAUGAAAAAAGAGUUCUAAACACUUUAAAUAAAGACAAAAACCGAGUAACUAUCAGAUUUCCCAUGAAUGGAAGGAUAAAGACAACGGAACAGAAGAUCAGUUGCUUAUUUCAAGCAACACUUGGAUGUUUACCAAUCAACGAAUUCUCUUUGAAUCAAGACGUUACGAAAAUAUUCCGAUCUGGGCAACGAGUUUCUAAAUGUCUGUAUGAAUUCUGUAUGUUGCAAACUAAUUACAACCUUCUGAUGAACGCGUUGCAGUUAAGCAAAUGUUUCAAAUCAAGGAUAUGGGAAAAUUCGAAAUACGUUUCAAAGCAAAUAGAGAAAGUGGGAUUGACAUUGUCAACGAUGUUAGUCAAUGCUGGUUUAACGACAUUUCAGAAAAUCGAGGAAACAAACCCUCGAAAAAUUGAGCUGAUUCUGAAUCGACAUCCUCCAUUCGGAAAUCAGGUGAAAGAAGCUGUUGCAAGGCUGCCGAAAUACGAGGUGGAUAUUGAGCAGAAGUCUAACUACAGUGUGUCCAGAGCUGAACUGGUGAUAUCAGUGACUAUGGUGAAUUAUAUCAAGCGACAAGACAGCGGCAAAUCAACAGGAUUUCACUAUUGUAUUGUACUUAUCGCCGAUGCCGAUAACCAUAUUGUUCAUAAGCAACGACUCUCGGAUGCUAUAUUUUUCAAUACGGGAACAUGGUCCAAAAAGAUCGAAGUGAAGCGAGCUUAUUCAUCUUCUGAGUUAAUGAUCAACGUUAUAAGUCAGGAUAUAGUUGGGGUUGAUUUACAGAAGAAAUUUACUCCUUACUACACUGGGCCUAACAUUGACCAUAGACAUCCUCCCUUGAUACUGAAAGAAAAACACAACCGGAAAAAGGAAGAAGACACCCAUGUAAUCAUCGCUGCAUCAACAAACACUUGUAUCUUAAUGGCAAAAAGAAAGAAUGAUUUUAUUUACCACGGCCAAACGAAAACAAUGUAUAAUUAUGAAAGUCAAAAAUUUAUUUGA